AUGACACGCAUCAACACCAACGUUUCGUCACUGAUCGCACAGAACGUGCUCGGUCGUAACAACAAAUCACUCGGCGUCGCGCUCGAACGCCUUUCCACCGGUCUCCGGAUCAACCGUGGUAAGGACGAUCCAGCGGGUCUGAUCGCUUCGGAAACUCUGCGUUCCGAAAAGGCAGGCCUCAACGCAGCAAUCGGCAACGCCGAACGCUCCGAGCAAGUCGUCAACAUCGCUGAAGGCGGUCUCCAGGAAGUCUCGAACCUCCUGACCGAACUCCAGGGACUCAUCACCACCUCGGCGAACUCCGCUGGUCUCUCGGUCGAAGAAAAGGAAGCGAAUCAGCUCCAGAUUGAUUCGAUCCUCCAGACCAUCGACCGCGUCUCCGGCGCAACCGAGUUCCAAGGCACUAAGCUCCUCAACGGUAACUACGACUACCAGACCACAGCGGUCGCAGCAGGCGUCACUGACUUCGAAGUCCGCGGUGCAAAACUUGAGAGCGGAAACACACUCUCAGUAGACGCGAUCGUCACUCUCUCGGCACAGCAAGCAGGUCUUCUUCUUUCCUUCGGUGGAGAUCUCGAUCUCACUGCUGCUUCCGACGAGUUCGUUUUCGAAGUCGCCGGUGCAAAGGGCUCGCGCGAGUUCCAGUUCGCCUCAGGUGCUGCUCUCGCAGACAUCACCGCAGCGGUGAACUCCUUUAAAGAUGUCACAGGAGUCUCGGCAGCAGUCAUCGGCUCGUCAGGCAUCAAGCUCGCAUCCGUAGACUUCGGUUCAAACGAGUUCGUAUCCGUCACGAUUGUUGACGAUGGCAACAUCGCAGCAGGCGAUGGCAUCCUGACUUACACCGGGACCGACUUUGGGACCGCAGUUGGCGGCUCGGCGGUUGCAUUCAACGCAGCUGGUGCUGCCAACGGGAUCCGUGACGAAGGUCAGGACAUCACCGGCACCAUCAACGGCCUCACCGCUGUUGGUCAGGGCCGCACCCUCUCCGUCAACUCCGACUUCCUCGAUGUCGAGUUCUCACUGAACACCGCGACCUCCCAAGCACUCGGUGCGGUCGCAGCCUUCGAUAUCACCGGCGGCGGUGCUGACUUCCAGCUCGCUUCCGAUGUCAACAUCGCAGGCAAGGUCUCCCUCGGUAUCGGCGACCUCUCCGCUCGUAAGCUCGGUAGCUCUACUACCGGCUUCCUCGACGACCUCGCUUCAGGCAAGUCCUUCAAUGUUGUCGAUGGCAACAACCUGGACACCGCUCAGAGCAUCGUCUCCGAAGCAAUCAACCAGGUCUCCUCGACCCGUGGUCGCCUCGGUGCGUUCCAGAAGAAUGUUGUCGGUGCAACCCAGCGUUCGCUCGGUACCGCACUCGAGAACAUCACCGCUGCUGAGUCCGUCAUCCGUGACGCAGACUUCGCAACCGAAACCGCGGCUCUGACCCGGAACCAGGUCCUUGUUCAGGCAUCGACCAACGUCCUGUCGCUGGCAAACCAGUCGCCACAGAACACCGGGGCGUUUUCAUGCGCCCGCGCCGCAACAACCGAUGAAAACGCUGUGUCUACCGCACAAAACAGCCGCAUAGAGCAGCUCUCUGAAUCGAAUCAGAUCCUGCGCCGUCGCUUCAUCAACUUCAUCCGCAUCGAAUGCGGCUUGCUCCCCUCAUCCAUCGAAGCGUACUCCAGAGAUCUUGAAACUCUGAUGCUCGAUCUCCAAGACAAAGGGAUCGACGACGCGCACAACACACUCCCAGAGCACCUCAUCGCGCACAUCCGCUCGCUCACCAAAGAUCGAGGCUAUGCCGGGACAACAAUCUCGCGCCACAUCGCGACCAUCAAAGUCCUCUUCCGCUGGCUCUACGCCAACGACGCGAUCUCUGAGAAUCCCGCUGAUCAUCUCGACCAACCCGCGAAGUGGAAGAAACUCCCAGGAGUGCUCUCCCCCAACCAGAUGAAAAAACUCCUCGCGGCUCCGUCACCCCCAGAAAGCCCAACGAAUCAACCGCCGCUCUACCUCCGUGAUCGUGCGAUCCUUGAACUCAUGUACGCCUCGGGAUUGCGCGCCAGCGAAGUCGGAAACAUCAACCUCGCGGACAUCCUCGAACGCGUAGGCGUCGUGCGCGUGCUCGGCAAAGGCGACAAACAACGCCUCGUCCCGAUGGGAACUCCCGCGAUCAACGCGAUGGAUCAAUACCUCAAAGAGUGCCGAUCUUUGCUCAUCACUGCCGAGCGUGCCGCGGAUAAAAGAGAUCGAGGAAAGCUGUUCCUCUCGCGAACCGGAAGACCGAUCGAGCGCGUCCGCGUUUGGCAGAUCGUGAAGCACUGGUCCAAACAAGCCGGACUCAAAGACAUCCAUCCACACAUGCUCCGACACUCCUUUGCUACGCAUCUCCUCGCAGGCGGCGCCGAUCUCCGCAUUGUCCAAGAACUGCUCGGACAUGCCGACAUCACGACGACACAGAUCUACACACAUGUCGAUCGCUCACAGCUCCAUAAGACUAUUAAAAAUCUUCAUCCCAGAGGCUGA